AUUCAAACAUGGAUUACCUCUACAUUGUUAAUGCCUUCAAACAACAGCAACAACAAUUUCUGCUGCAUCAACAACAAUUGCAACAACAACUGCAAGGUUCAUCGGCAUCAGGGAUCGGGAUCGGUGUUAACCCUUUAACGUUGCAUCCCAAUCAACACGACGAUACAAAUAUGGCGAACAGUUUGCUGUGGCAACCCUGGCGUGAUUUGCAACAGGCUGCCGCUGUACAUCAUCAUUUAUAUAGGCAACAACAACAGCAAUUGCAACAGCAACAACAACAGCAGCAGCAAAUGCAAAAAGAGGCUAGAUUGACAUCUAAGGAAUUGCCCACCACAGCAUGGCGUCGUGAGAGACGUUUACGCACCGGAGAAUAUCAUCAUCCGCCACAGCAGCAGCAACAACAUCAUCAUCACCACCACCACCAUCAUCAGCAGCAGCAUCAUCUUGCAUCUCCAGCCGGCUCUUCAGCAAGUAGUGCAAGAGGUAUAUCACCUUGUUCCUCUCCAACGCCCAUAGCCCAUGGACAAACGUCACCCCAUAGUACAGUAACAACGACUGCAACAACACAACUACACUCAAACGCCCAUCAAAUUUCCAUGAUGAUGGCUGCUGCCGCUGCCGCAGGCAUGCGUCCGCUUUGUGAAACCACAAGCCGACCAUCACCACCGCCACCACCUCCUGUUGCUUCGCAUGGCAAUAUGCACAUUGUUCGGCACGAUGAAUUGAAUGAAGCUGAUAUGGAAGAUGCACCCUUGGACAUGUCCGUAUCGAGCAGUUUAAAACAGAGAAAUUCACCACCACCUCCUUAUCGUGAACCCCUACCAGGUUCACAAUAUAUAUCAACGCUGCCUCGGCCCAGCGUUAUCACUCAGGCGCCUCCAAAACGAGACUCGAGAGAUAACGCUUUGUUGGCCAAUCGCGAAAAUGACAAUCGCAGCUCUGAAUCCAUUGAUGAGCAUUUCCGUCGUUCUUUGGGCAAUGAUUAUUUUGCUCUGUUUGCCAAGAAGUCACCUGCUAGCCAAACAACCAAGACGCCAUCGCCACAGCCAGCCCAGCAACCACCAGCAGCUCAUGCUCGGACCCCACCACCGGUAGCGUCUACAACCUUUUCCGCUUUACAGCAUUCACAUUCGGGCGCCCAAUCUGCAGUGGUUGCUCCGCCUCCAGCCUAUCCCAAUAUAUUAACUCCGGCCCAUCAACAACAACCCAACUCGGUCUUGCUGUCGCCUGCCGCAAUUCUGGCAGCUCAUACGAAAGGAGGGCCAGCAGAUAUUUCAGGACAUAAUUCACCACCGCUACCAUUGGUGGUAAGAGCACCCUUGCAACAGCAGCAACAACCGUUGGCACUGCAGAGAGCAACGUCUGUGACGUCUCAAACACCUCUACCAUCACCGCAAUCACCAUCAAUCAAAGUUGGCUCCACACAAUCGCCAAUGUCAAGUACGGCCGGAUCCCGAACAGCUUCCCCAUUGCCCAUCACUCAACCGUCUUCGCAGCAGUCUUCCGCCAUAACGCUGUCACGUUUCACGUCGGUUGAAAAUUCACCAUCCUCAUCGCCUGGCCAAACGCCGGCAGUGGUUACAAAUGUUGCCCUGCCAAAUGCCUCACCCACACUACCGGCAAUAAUGCGCAUCAAAACCGAACCUGGACUACAGAGUAUAAAAACCAAUAAUCCCACACCACCAGCAUCGCCCACCAGUACCACGAAUCCCAACAUUAUUACCGAAGUACUCGCCUCGGUCGAUGAUCACUUUGCAAAAGCUUUGGGCGAUACCUGGAAACGAUUGCAAGAAAGCAAAGAAAUGCGUAAAUAA